AUGCCAACCCGGAAUGACGAGCUUGCUGUCGAGCGGCACGGUCGGUCGGAGGCCAUGAUCGCGACGAGGUGUGAAUUGGAAGGAAACGAAAAAGCACAAGUCAAGACCGGGAUAAUGUUCUUCUACUCGUUCUUUAAGACGCUGGUCGGCAAGGAAGUGGCCGUAGAGCUCAAGAACGACGUCGCGCUCAUGGGUGUGCUCGACUCUGUGGAUCAGUAUCUCAACAUCAAGCUCCUCAACGUGUCGGUCGUGGAAGGCGACAAGUUUCCGCAGCUGAUGAACAUGAAGAACUGCUUUAUCCGCGGAAGUUCCAUCCGCUACGUUCAGAUCCCGGCGGGAGAAGUGGACACAGAGCUUCUACAAGACGCGGCACGUCGUGAGGCCACCGCCAACAAACAGAGCUAGAGGAGGACACAGGAGAUAGUUGGAAUAUCUUAAUAGGACCAGAAUCCUUUGGUUCAUAGC